AUGAUGGAAAAUGAAACCUUUAACAGUCUGACCCUCCAGCUGGAGGGGUUAAAGGUCACAGAGACAUCAGUGUACCCUGUCUUUUUGUUUUUCCUCUUCUCCUAUCUGUUCAUAAUGAUACUGAACAUUGCGAUUAUAAUCCUGGUUUGUAUUGAUAAGAGCCUCCAUCAGCCCAUGUAUUUGUUGUUCUCUAACCUUCCAGUUAAUGACAUCUUUGGGAAUUCAAUUGUUUUGCCCCGCCUGAUGUCGGACCUCCUGAAGCCUCCCUCAGAGUUGAUAAUCAGUUACUAUGAGUGUGUUGUUCAGGCUUUCUGUUCCCACAUUUUUGGCACUGUGUCCCACACGGUGCUGAUGAUCAUGGCCUUCGACAGAUAUGUCGCCAUCUGUAAUCCUCUGCGUUACUCUGUGAUAAUGACCAACAGGAUGGUGAUGAAGCUGACCGUCUCUGCCUGGGGGUCGGCCUUGGUUCUGGUGGGGAUUCUGCUGGGCCUGACGGUCCGGCUGAGCCGCUGCAGGACUCUGAUCACCAAUCCGUACUGUGACAACGCCUCACUGUUCAAGCUGUCCUGCGAGAGCGUGGAGAUCAAUAACAUCUACGGCCUGACCUUCACCGUGGUUCUGUUCACCUCCUCCAUCGGCAGCAUCGUCUUCACCUACACCCGGAUCACCAUGGUCUGUCUGACCAGCAGGAACAAGUCUGUGAACAGUAAAGCCCUGAAGACCUGCAGCACACACCUGGUUGUGUAUCUCAUCAUGCUUUUCUGUGGCAUACUGGUCAUCCUGUUGCAUCGUUUCCCUCAGUACUCGGACCAGAGGAAAAUGUCGGCCAUCUUGUUUCACAUCAUCCCCUGCAGCCUGAAUCCCAUCAUUUAUGGAGUUCAGUCCAAAGAAAUAAGACGAUUCCUCUCUAAUGCUUUCAGAUCUAGAAAAGUUUUAUCAUCUUGAAAAAAAUA